CAUCCACCAAACAACAACAUCAUCAACACCAACGACACCCUUGCAUCACACGAUAUAUUACGCGCAUCCCAAGGCGACGAUUGAGCUGCUGGAUACUCUCCAUCUCUCGGACACGCGAGACUCGAAGACCUGUAACAAGACAAAGCACUCCUCGCCAUGGCCACAAAACGAAAGCUCGACACGGCUACGCCCGAGCCCGAAGAGCCCGUCGACCCCUCUGACGAGUUGAUGUUCCUGUGCUUGGGUGGUGGAAAUGAGGUCGGACGUUCAUGUCACAUUAUACAAUACAAGGGGAAAACUGUCAUGCUCGAUGCUGGCGCGCAUCCUGCCUACGAUGGUCUGGCCUCUCUCCCUUUCUACGACGAGUUCGACUUGAGCACUGUCGAUAUUCUUCUCAUCACUCACUUCCAUCUGGACCAUGCUGCCUCUCUGCCUUAUGUCAUGGCGAAGACCAAUUUCAAGGGUCGCGUCUUCAUGACGCACCCAACCAAAGCCAUCUACAAAUGGCUGAUGCAAGACUCAGUUCGUGUGCAGAACACCCACGCAACUGCAGAACAACCAACACAACUAUACACUGAAGCCGAUGUCCUCUCCACUCUUCCCAUGAUCCAGACCAUUGCCUUCCACACCACACACACCCAUACAGGUAUCAAAAUCACCCCUUACCCAGCUGGCCACGUGCUUGGUGCCGCCAUGUACGUGAUCGAGAUUGCUGGCCUCAACAUCCUUUUCACCGGAGACUAUUCCAGAGAACAUGACCGCCAUUUGAUCCCUGCUUCCGCUCCAAAGGGUGUCAAAGUCGACGUACUGAUCACCGAGUCAACUUUCGGUGUUGCCUCCCACAUACCCCGGCUGGAGCGAGAGACCGCCUUGAUGAAGAGUUUGACUGGAGUUUUGAAUCGUGGUGGCCGUGUUCUCAUGCCAGUAUUCGCUAUUGGCCGUGCCCAAGAGCUUCUUCUCAUUCUUGAAGACUACUGGAACCGUCACCCAGAGUACAGAAAAUAUCCCAUCUACUACGCCAGCAAUCUCGCAAAGAAAUGUAUGCUUGUCUACCAAACGUACAUUGAUGCUAUGAACGACAAUAUCAAGUCCAUGUUUCAGAACAGGCUAGCCCAAGCAGCUGACGGUAGCAGCGGCGAAGCUGGCGCUGGAGGUCCCUGGGACUUCCGCUGGAUCCGUAACCUGAAGUCUCUCGACAGGUUCGAUGACGUUGGUGGAUGUGUCAUGCUUGCUUCUCCUGGCAUGCUUCAAAAUGGAGUGUCUCGUGCACUCCUCGAGCGUUGGGCGCCAGACCCGAAGAAUGGUGUCAUCGUCACUGGUUACAGUGUUGAAGGUACCAUGGCGAAGAUGAUUUUGACCGAACCAGAAAGCAUCCAAGCGGUCAUGACUGGCAGGGUUGGCGGUAGAGUGCAGGGCGUAGGCGGCAGAGGAAAGCCCGGCACAGAAGGAGAAAAGGUUAUGAUACCCCGGAGAUGUACUGUUCAAGAAUACUCCUUCGCAGCGCAUGUCGACGGAACCGAAAAUCGCGAGUUUAUCGAGGAAGUCGCGGCCCCUGUCGUGAUCCUUGUCCACGGAGAGAAGACCAACAUGAUGAGACUAAAGUCCAAGCUAUUGUCACUUAACGCGAACAAAUCGACACCCGUCAAGGUCUUUUCUCCAGCCAACUGCGAAGAGCUCCGCAUCCCUUUUAGACAAGACAAGGUUGCCAAAGUCGUCGGUCGACUCGCAAACCAAAUCCAGAUAUCGAACGCUCCUCCUUCGCCCCCUGAUUCUGACGAAGGCGGCGUGACACGGGGUGAGAAGAAGUACAAGACAGCCAACGAGGAUCAGAUCGUAUCUGGAGUUUUGGUACAGAAUGAUUUCAAACUCAGCUUGAUGGCACCCGAGGACUUGAAGGAGUAUGCUGGUUUGACAACCACGACAAUCCUCUGCCGCCAAAGGCUUACACUUGCGGCCGCUGGACUCGACCUGAUCAAAUGGGCUCUAGAGGGUACAUUUGGAGCCAUCAAAACCAUUUCAUCACCCUCUGAAGAUGUGAAGGCGGAGACCAAUGGCGGUGCUAAAUUCGAAGAAGCCGAUGAAGAGAUCGAACGACACCAGGCGACAGUCUUCGAGGUCAUGGGAUCAGUCGUAGUUCAAAUUGCCAGCCGUGGCGAGAUUGAAGUUGAGUGGGAAGGCAAUAUUGCCAAUGACGGAAUCGCAGAUGCUGUUCUUGCCGUUCUGUUCACGGUCGAAAGCAGCCCUGCAGCCGUCAAGCAAUCGUCAAGUCAACACUCACACGACCACCAUGAAAACAAGCGUAACCUUCACGCACACAUCAGCCCAUCAGAAAGACUAUCCCGUCUAUGCAUGUUCCUCGAAGCUCAAUUCGGCGAAGAUGCCAUCACGCCUAUCUCAAGACCCAAACUCAACAUUUCCGAGGACGACGGCAGUGGUUCUUCUGACGAUCCCAUCGCAGCGGAAAAGGCCAGAGCUCAGCUGGAGAUGGUAGAGUUGGAGCGUCUUCACAAUGCAGGCAUUCCCGUACCGGGUCUGGAGAUUAAAGUAGACAAGAUUGUGGCCAAGGUUUGGCUCGAGACACUCGAGGUAGAAUGCAGCAUGCGGAGCAUGGCUGACAGGAUCCGCGCUGUGGUUGAACGGGCUGUUGAGGUGGUUGCUCCACUUUGGGAGUAAGGGAAUUAGUCGGCAUGACAGGCCAGGAGAAACUGGAGGAAGACAAAACGGAACUUAUGGACACUCCGAAGCUAUUCAAGGAGCAGAAAUAUUAUGUACGCUCCCGGGUGGAAUCGCAACAUUAGGGAAAGCAGGGUCCAGGCGUAACAUGGUAGUCGUAGGCAGUAUUUGCUGAUCAUUCAAUACUCUGCAAGCUCACAACAUUGAUUUAUUGUCCCUCAGCCGUCAGGCACUGCCGGGUGAUAUAGGCAAGAGUUGUGAGAAGGCUGAUGGUUAUUUUCUAGUGGCCGAGGAGGUUCACAGGGCU